AUGGCUGCUAUUCACGACAAGGAGCUCUUCUUGGGUUGGUAUUUAAUCACUCUCAAGCUCCGAGAAACUGUGGAAUCUCGACUCCCCAAGAAAUCAACCUAUGGGGGCGAAAUCGUCCCUGACUAUGAGCGAAGGCCUCCCAAGUCCGAGUGGGUCGUCUCCAUCGAAGAGAAGCUCGAGCAAGGUCGCCAGGACCACGUGCCAAGCUCAUGGGCAAAGCUCUCCAUUUACCGGUUUCCACACUAUCUCAAGAAUGGUGAGGACAAGGCCUGGGUCCCCCAGAUCGUCUCCCUCGGGCCGUACCACCACGGUGAGGAGCACCUCCGCCAUAUGGACCGGCACAAGUGGCGCUGCCUCCACCACAUCCUUGAGCGCUCCAAUCAAAAGAUAGACCUCUAUCUAGACUCGGUGAAGAAGGUCGAGAGGACAGCUCGUGCCUGCUAUGAGGGAACCAUAUCCAUGAGCCGCGAUGAGUUUGUAGAGAUGAUGGUUCUUGACAGUUGCUUUGUGAUCGAGCUGUUCCGAGGAUUCACCGAGGGGUUUGAGAAACUCGGCUACCCUCGCAAUGACCCUGUCUUCUCAAUGCGGCGAUUGAUACUUGAGAUCCAACGGGACAUGAUCAUGCUCGAGAAUCAAAUCCCGCUCUUCAUACUCAACCGGCUGCUCCGACUCCAGCUCAGUGACCCCAACCAGAAGGGAUGCGUAGCCAAGCUGGCGAUCCAGUUCUUCGACCCUCUGAUGCCGACGCAAACAAUCAGACCGAGCCACAAAAGAUUGAAGUUCAACCCGUUAUACAACCAUGACACGCUCCAUUACCUUGAAGGGUUUCGGCGGAGCCUCCUGCACUUGGGCCCCAAGCGGUCCAAGACCAAGCAAUGGCCUCAGAGCCGGGAAAAGCUCACUUUCUGCUUGACCAAGCUCUGGGAAGCCGGGAUCAAGAUCAGGUUGAGCUAUCCGAACAGUUUUUGGGACAUCCAGUUCGAGCAGGGGAUCCUCAAGAUCUCCAGGCUUGAGAUCCAUGAAGGGACAUGGUCGCUCUUCCUCAACCUGAUAGCCUUCGAGCAGUCUCACUUUGAUUGCGAGAACCACAUCACCUCUUACGUAAUCUUCAUGCACAACUUGAUCAGCUCCCCUGAGGACGUUCAAUACCUCUGCCGCUGUGGUAUCAUCGAGCACUGCCUUGGGAGCAACGCCGAGGUCGUUGACCUCUUCAACCGGCUUUGCCAGGGGGUGGCCUUCGACAUUAAAAACAGUUAUCUCUAUGAUCUGUCCAAGAAAGUGGACAGAUACUGCUUAGUCAAAUGGCUUUCCUUGAGAGCCGCUCUCGCUCAAAAGUGGAAUGCCUGGAGAGCCAUUCUCAAGAACAAGUACUUCGACAAUCCAUGGUCAAUCAUUUCCUUCAUUGCUGCUGUUGUUUUGCUUGUGCUUACUUUCAUACAGUCCCUCUAUGCUGUCUAUAGCUACAAUAGGUCGCGUUCUUGA